GGCAUUUAGGUGCAAAAUCCAAUCAACCAACUUUCAUUUUCAUAACAACAACCUCCAUUUUCUCUCUCCUCCAACUCCAGACCACUACUCCCCUUUCUCUCUCUCCACCAUUUUUAUUACCUUCACUAACCUCCAUUUCUCUUCAUCAAUGGCGUCUUCUCCUUGCUCCUCCACUUCCUCUUCCUUCGACGAAUUCGACGACGAUUCCUUCGAACAUACUCUCCUCGUUGUCCGCGAAGUCUCCGUCUUCAAGAUCCCUCCUCGCUCCACCUCCGGCGGCUACAAGUGCGGCGAAUGGCUCCAGUCCGAUAAGAUCUGGUCCGGUCGUCUUCGCGUCGUUUCCUGCAAAUCUCGCGCCGAAAUUCGACUCGAAGAUCCGAUUUCCGGCGAUCUCUUUGCUGCUUGCUUCGUUUAUCCUGGACUUCGCGAUCAAUCGGUUGAACCUGCGCUCGAUUCUAGCCGAUACUUUGUGCUUAAGAUUGAGGAUGGUACUGGUAAACAUGCUUUCAUAGGGUUAGGGUUUGCUGAGCGAAAUGAAGCUUUUGAUUUCAAUGUUGCGUUGUCUGAUCAUGAGAAGCAUGUUAAGAGAGAGAGUGAGAAAGAGGUUUCUGCUGCUACUGAAGGUGGUGAUGAGAAUUCUAUUGAUAUUCAUCCUGCUGUUAAUCAUAGAUUAAAGGAAGGUGAAACUAUUCGGAUAAAUGUGAAGCACAAACUAGCGAGCGGAUCAGGUAUGCUUUCCUCUGGAAAUAAGUCUGUGGGACUUGCUCCACCUCCAAAUGGGUCUGGGAACCCAAAACCUCUGGGCCUUGCUCCACCUCCAAGUGGGUCUGGGAAGAUUCGUUCGGUACUCCCACCACCACCCAAUGACCCUGCUGUUACUAGGCUGACUUCUAAUCCCAAAGGUUCAAAAGACAGUGCAAGAAAUGCUGUGGAUCCUUUGUCUGAUUUUUCUCAACUUGAGAGGAAUCUUCCUUCUAAAGCUGGAACUGGGACAACAAAUGGCAGUGCUGCUGGAUGGGCUGCGUUUUAAAUGUACUCCAUUGGUUUCCCACAUAUGUACUAUUAGAUUGUUGUUUACAAAACGAGAGAACAGUGCGCCUAAGUGUGUGCGCGCGCGAGAGAGGGAGAGACUUGCAACCCGGAGGUUGUUUAUUGAGUUAUUGAAUUUUUACCUGUUUCUUCAAAAUAAUACAUCGAAAUAUAUGUUUAUAAACCUCAGUGAACCCUAUUAUAUGGCUACUAAUACUUGAUUACUUGUGAAUGUUGUGAUGCACCUUUUUGAUGAGUAUAUGUGCUAAUGUGCUAUGGCAUAAGAGAAAAUAGCUAGUUUGUAGGAAUAUUCGUUGUAUUUUCAGAGUUGUAUACUUGUAUCAUUGUAUGUGUAAUUUUAAGUUUUAACA